CGCUAUUUGAAUAGGCCUGCGCGUUGCGUAACCCGCGGCCAAUGACAGCGCCUCUGCACAUGCACGGGGCGGGGCCCUUACGUCACCGCGCUCAGCCCCCGCGGCCGCGCAGCCGCCGUGACGUCACACCCGCCCGCACCCCGCGGCUGCGACGCGCGACUACAGCGCCCAUGCUGCCUGCGGCGCCGCACAGAAACUAUCUACAAAACACUCGUGCGCUCAAAGAUGGCGGAUGGGUCGCCCGAGGACCGCACCGGCCCGAAACAAAUGAACGAUUUAACUUUUUCCGCGCCCGGCCCAGGACAUGGUGACACAAAAAAGUGUAGUGGGGAAACAUUUGACGGCGAUGAAGUGAAGUUAUCGUUAUACACUGAACUAGAAACGAGUGCAUCGUGUGAGAAAAGUGAUACGCGCGGCGUGGCCGCGAAUGAUUCCGCGGCGGUCGUCACGACGACGAAUUCCCUAAAAUCGCGCGAAGCAAACAUCGAGGACCGCGACGACAGGAAGAAAAGAUGCUUCGACAGAUACGACAGCUCCGAGUCAUCUGACAGUGGCGUAGCGGUGCAUAGUCCGACGGAAAGCGGCGGGUGCAGCAGCAGUGACAUCACCGAGCCGGGUUCGCCGCGCAGCCCCGAGUCGUCGUGCAGCGCGCCGGAGGAGAGCGCGGGGGCGGGCGCGCGUAUGCCGCCGUGGGCGAGCGAGCCGGCGCCGCCGGGCCCGCGACGCCUCGCGGCCCAACCCGCGCCCGUGCGACGCCCCCAGCCUCCCAUACGACGACGCAUCACAGAAUACUUCAGCCACAAAAUGAAGCCUCAAAACGGCCUAAAGCGCGACUCCAACGCGACCAAUAACGAAGACACCAAAAGAAAGUGCCUACCCAAAAACGGCGUCACGGACGACUUAGAGAAAUACAUCUCGUAUCUGUCACAGACGCUCAGUCCUAAGGUCCUGAUGGAUGUUGGGAAACAAGCAGAAACCAUGAAGAAACCCAACUCUACCGUCAACGGAGUUGUUGAUUCCACCAAACCGACAGAUCUCAGUAAAGUGACGCCUAAUACGAAUAUUAGCAGUCAGCUUGAUUUCAGUAGGUCUAAGGAGGGUAGAGAAAAAAAUCAUCAUACCAGCAUGAAUGGUUUUGUUGAAGUUAGGCAUGCGACCGAAUCGUUCCAAACGACCAAAGAGAAACUUUCAAAUGGGCUUCUAAACGGGUUGGUCGACGGUAAAAAGCAGAACCUCGAUAAUAAAGCAACACCAGACCCAUCCGCCAAUUGCGCAAAGUAUAAUACCACAAAUACCAUAGGAGCAGCUAAAAGAAAAGUACCUAUACCAAUGUCAAACGAAUUAAAUGGAGUAAGAAUAGCACCAGCUACAUCUGCCAGUCAUAUGCCGAAGAAAUCAUUGAUUUCAAAACCUGACUCAACGAGAGUAAACGGUGUUGUUAGUUCCACUACUAAGUUAGAUAGUAGGAUGAAUGGGGUCACCAUUGGAUCAAAUAACUUAGGUUUAAGUUCUGAAAUCACCAUAACGAAGAAAGAAGUUCCAAAGAAGACCACUCCUCAAGCUAAAAGAACAAAUCGAAAAUCUUCAGCUUGCAUAGCUAACAGCAAAAACCUUACUUGGUCUAAGGUUAAUAACCUGAAACAAGUACAGCUUCAGCAAAAAAAUUGUGUUAAUUCUACUCAAAAUUCAUCCAUGCAAAAUUUACCAGGUGAAGCAAACACAGCACCAAAGAUGAAUAUCCCAAAUGGUGUUCGUCAAGUUCCAAUGACGAUUAAUGGGAAUCUCGGUAGUAUAAAUGUACCUGUGAACAAUUUACAGAACUGUCACCAAAUAAAUAUUCCCCAGCCUUGUAAUGGAGCAGUGAAUUCAAAUAAUUUACCUUCAUUUGUAGCGGUCCCCCAAAAUGUUAUGUUAGCCACGUUAAGGAUACCACAGAAUGGAAUACCGGCACAAACGUUAACGCAACCAAGUAAUAUGACCGCUUUUAAUAGGCCAAAUGUCAAUGUGUCAAGCCCGACAAAGUUGAACGGCCAAUUUGUGUUUCCACUCAUGCAGAAUAUCAAUGGAACCGUUCUGCAAAUACCAAAUCUAAUGGCUAAAAUGCCUAAUUUUGUUCUUCCUCAAACACCGCAGCUAACAACACCCAGGCAAGACCAUUUACAGAAUCAACAAACGGCACAAAUUCUCAUAAACGGUACGCUUUUAAAGUUAGCUAACACAAUGACGUCUACGUACCCUAAUGUCAACAAGACGGCCCCUGUUACAAGUCAACCUAUUCCUGUAAUAAAUAAAAACGUUCCUGGAAUACAACCCGUGGGAAUUACCCAUAUGCAGUCCAAACCGAAUUAUACCGUUAACCUAAGCCAUCCUGUUCUAAUGCCUCAACCUGGGUACAUAGUGACAUCUGUGCCAAAUAUGAAUGUGAAAGAGACAUGGAGCUACACGAAUACUGCCUUAUCAUCAUCACAAAUAACGUGUUCCAAUCCAAUAGUCCAUCACCCGCCACCUCUAGUAGCGAACUUUACUACGGAAGCCUUACAUACAAGUAGUAUACCAAUAGCGCCGGUCAAGCCGCCCGACAAUCCAAUUCAGGGCACAGACCCGCCUAGUAGUACGGUAAAAGAAGAAGUGUGUGAGGUAACAAGUUCAAAGUAUGAUAUACCGUGGCUUUCAAAAACUGUUAACAAUAACAUUGUUCCGCUAGAUUCUAAUAAACUAAAUUCGAGGCCUUUUGCACAAGUUUACUCGGAGAGAUUAGACGAAUUUCAUGUAGAGAAAGUGCGAGAAACUCUGAUAGAGUCCUCCACGAUCAUAGACGUUGAAUGUACUGAAGACUUAAGGAAGAUUAAAGAAGUAGCAAGAAGAGAAGAGACUAUUUUCACUCAGAUAACUGUGUUGAAAGACGUUUCGUCUAACGUUCAAAGUACUGUGAUAGAAGAAACUUACUGUAGCACCACUACGGAGUCAUCAGAGUCGGGGAUCGGUACUGACAAGUCCAUCGACUCCCCGAGCGACUCGCAAACCAGUAAGGAAUGUGAUGAAGACUCAUCGUUAUCGUUAAGUAUAAGUUUGUGUUCAGUGGAAGUGCAGAGUAGCCAGAAGAGUCCAAUUCUGAAGCAGCCGAAAACGUUGAGGUUUCCACCAAGGAAUCCAGCGAAAUCCGGUAGUAAUCAAAGGACGUCAAGUACUGAUACAACAUCAACAGUUACAUUAUGCAUGUGGGAAAACUGCAAAAGUGAAUUCGAGAGCGACACAGAUCUCUUGGAGCACUUACAGUCAGUCCAUGUGGAGAGCCAAGCGGGAAAGGAAAACUACGUGUGCCUAUGGCAGAAGUGCAAGGUCCGAGGGAAGCCCUCUUGUUCGCGGCUCUGGUUGCAAAGGCACGCCCUUUCUCACGGAGGGAACAAACCCUUCAAAUGCAUCGUCGACGGCUGCGACAGAAGGUUCUCCACACAGAUAUUGUUGGAAAGGCACGUAAACAACCACUUCAACGAGGUGUCUCCAGGGACGAACGGCAGCAAGAAAGCGGUUGAUAGUGCUUCCAAGUUAAUACGAAGGAAUGGCAAGAAACUGCGGUAUAGAAGGCAACCUUGGUCGGCGCGCAUGUUCGACUUCUUCGACGCUAGCAUGAUGGAGGGUCUGGCGUGGCGGCUGGGGCGCGUCACCCGCUGGCGGCUGGGCGGCGGCUGUCCGCUCCGCGAGCCGCCCGGCCGACACACGCUGACGCUACACGCCGCGCUACAAGCCACGCGGUACAAUGCACAAGCGCACGCGCACGAGGCGCUGCUCACGUACUACCCGCCGCAUGUGAUCGAAGACGAAUGGGUGCCUGAGAAAGACGUGAAGCGGAUCAAGCGUGUCGAGAUAGCUACGUUACCCGCGCACACCAAAGUGCUACUCUACGAGCAGUUUUGCGCGGCGUAUCGCGUUAGUCCAAGCCCGCCGCCGCCGAAAAAGGCCGUCCCUACCACGCGAGUUCUCCCGGCGAGGCACUGCACAUCGUCGCGACUCCUCAACAAGUUACUGGCGAAGCAAAAGCAGAAAAAAUCGGAAUGCUCCACGCCGGAUCUUGCCGCGUUGUACAAGCCGCCGCCGGAACGCGUCGAAGUCAGCGGCGCCAAGAAACGCAAGAUGGGCCGCCGGUAUGGCGGCUACGACGCCUUCUGGCCCUCCGGACGAUAAUUCCCUAUCUGUAAGCUCGCUAUGAAUCUGUUUCGUCUUUUCUUUUAAUCUGCGAUAAUGUAGCCUUGAUUUAAGUACUUAUAAUAGUAACACCUUAAGUGUAGCCGCUCAGUAAGUGCCUAUUCACCAGUAAGUUAGAUAACGUCUGAAACACCAGCUAUCUACUAUCGAAGUAAUAAGAAAUAUGGAAGACGCUUUGGAAUAUCUGAACAGAAUAAGAAUUUAAUGUGCCUUUUAUAAACGCUAAGCUUCACGAAUUACACGUAAACAGUUAUGGCGGUAGAUUGACAAUAUUUGACAGGAAGACCCGCCCAUACGAAUAGUAGAUGUACAAAUACAAUCGUAAAAGAUUGUAUCAAAUAGUUCUUCCACGUUUAUUAAUAUUUCGAAGGUUGAAAGUAGUCUAAUGACAUUUUUACACAAUUUUUCAAUAGCAAAUAAUUUUAAUCCGUUCUUUGUAAUUCGACUGAAAGACCGAAACAUUUUCAUAGGAGACAACGGAAUUCGACGGGCGUGUGUUUUAUAAAACUAGGACGGCUAGAUUUUAACAGUGUACGCUUUCGAAGUGGAUUUUAAUCAAUUAUACUGCCAAUUUUAUCUAAUAUUUUACAACAUAACUGCACGCGCAACAGUUUUUUUUUGCGACCUUAAUAUAAGGCAGUAAGGUUCAAA